CCCAUUCCAUUUCUCUUUCUCUCUCUUUAUAUAAUUGCAGACAAUCCAAUAUUCAUUCAUUCAUUCAUUCAUUCAAUCAAUCAUGCGACCUACUCAACCAGCUGCCAACUCCACCUCCUCCGCCGCCGCCGCAUCAUCCAUGCCUCCCCCCUCUUCCGCCGGACAACGCAGUCGUCCCCGGCGUCGUACUGAUUUGACCCUUCCUCUUCCUCAACGUGACGUUGCUCUUGCUGUUCCUCUCCCCCUUCCUCCAACCUCCGCUCCUUCCUCUUCCUCAUCCUCAUCUUCCUCCCCGCUUCCUACUCCUUUACAUUUCUCUGAGCUCGAGAGGGUUAAUCGCAUCGGUAGUGGCACCGGAGGUACUGUUUACAAGGUUCUACAUCGUCCCACUGGCAGACUCUAUGCUUUGAAAGUUAUCUAUGGUAACCAUGAGGAUUCUGUCCGUCUCCAGAUGUGCCGUGAGAUCGAGAUUCUCCGAGAUGUAGACAACCCUAACGUCGUUAGGUGUCACGAUAUGUUCGAUCACAACGGCGAAAUCCAAGUUCUUCUUGAGUUCAUGGAUAAAGGCUCUCUCGAAGGGAUCCAUAUCCCUCUCGAACAACCUCUCUCCGAUCUAACUCGACAGGUUCUCUCCGGCCUCUAUUACCUCCACAGGCGUAAGAUUGUUCACAGAGAUAUCAAACCUUCUAACCUCUUAAUCAACUCCAGGCGUGAGGUCAAGAUUGCAGAUUUUGGGGUCUCCAGAGUUCUCGCACAAACUAUGGAUCCUUGCAAUUCCUCCGUGGGUACCAUCGCAUACAUGAGUCCCGAGAGAAUCAACACAGAUCUGAAUCACGGACAGUACGACGGAUAUGCUGGGGACAUAUGGAGUCUUGGGGUGAGCAUCUUAGAGUUCUACUUGGGAAGGUUCCCCUUCUCUGUGGGGAGACAAGGAGACUGGGCCAGCCUUAUGUGCGCCAUUUGUAUGUCACAGCCUCCUGAGGCACCACCCACUGCUUCCAGGGAGUUUAGGGAGUUCAUUGCCUGCUGUUUGCAGAGGGAUCCUGCCAGGCGGUGGACGGCCGCGCAGCUCUUGCGCCAUCCCUUCAUCACCCAGAAUAGCCCAGGCACCCACACCGGUCCUGCUACUACCUCAUUGAGUAAUCAGGCACAUCAAUUGUUACCUCCACCUCCUCAUUUUUCUUCUUCUUCUUCUUCUUCUUGACGUUUUAGGUUCGGAGAAAUUCCCCACUCUUUUGUUUUUCUAUUUUACUUAAUUUUCUGGUUUUAUUUUGUGUAAUCUUAAAUGUUGUUACUCUCUAUUACUGAUGGUGGUGGUUGGAUUUUUAUUUCUGGAGAAAGAAAAAUGGGGCUGGUUUUGAUAAAGUUAGAGUCUUUCCUCUUUCAGCUGAUUAACAAUUGUUGUAUCAGGAGAAAGGAAAGUAGAAAUUAUGGGUUUCCCCAACUUAGAGAUUCAAUUAAUGAUAUUUUGGAUAUAUGUUUUGUCAUCUUCAAAAAUGAAGUCGCCAUGGACAUAUAUAUAUUUAGCUGUAAAUCAUCCUCCCAUGUUAAAAAGUGAAGAAGAGAAAGUUUUACUAUUAAGUGCUAGUAUCUUUUCCCUCAA